AAGUUGAGAUUUACUUCCGGUGUCACAUAUCGUACCAAAGAUUCUCAAUAUUAGAUUUAGUCAAUCUAGUCUAAUAGUCAAGUUUAGAGUUACUAGACUAGAUUAUGGACGAAGAGAAAAACCAGAAUCCUGGACUACCGAUUAAACCUUUAUUUCCAGUGUUCAACUAUCACACCAAUCAUGAAAGUUUAAAUCAAAUCAAUCAUAGCCACAGGCACAGCAUUCAGAGAUCAGAAACUCUUUCCAAUGAGUCAGACAAGCAGUCAGACAAUGAUCUAGAGAGUCUCCAGUUGGAUCUUAAACCAAGUACUUUAAAUGCAAUUAUUGCUGCACAGAAACUUGAUACCGCAGAGUCACAACAAAUUGAACAAUCAAAAUACUACAGAGAUAACAGCUCACCAGAAGUUGUCAAGGGGAAGCAAAUCUCAUCAUCAGAUUUUGAGGAUGGAGAGCCUGUAAAAAGAAAGAAAAAACACAAAGACAAAAAGAAAAAAAAAAAGAAAUACAAGAAAGACAAGUAUGACUUGGAAGUUGAAGACACUCAGGAGAAGUCAGAGCCAAGUAUCAAAGUUCCUGCUGGAGCCGUGUUUUUAGAAGACAUUCCUGGCCUUGAGCCACAGCAUGCAUUUCAUGUAGAUCGAAAGUGUAACAAUGACCUUUGGCAUUACAAAUGUGUCUCCAAGAUGCACAUUGCAAAGUUUCGAUGCCACAGUUACACUUGUUUAGGGGCACCUGAUGUCCCAUACAGAAGUGCAAAAGUUGAUAGAAAAACUAAACAUAAACCUACCAGCUGGCGAUAUUGGGAGAAAAAGAGUUACAGAAAGAGCUUAACGAAAGGUUUAAAUAUUUCAUCAACUGGGGAGCACUUGAAACUUUCUGACAGUGUUGAGAGUUAUAUCCCUUUACCCAAAGAGCCAUUCCCAAAUAAAAUGCCUGAUGUUAUAGGUAAUUAUAGUUGCCUGGAUACAGCAACAAGCCAGUAUGCACAAGGAAUUGGCGCCGAUUACAGCAAGCCCUGUGAAGAAAAUAUUGAGAUGAGUGAAAUAUUUGAAAAAGUUCGUAGCUACAACCAGAAAACAAGAGAAUCACCCCACAAUGUUCAACUUUGGCUCGAAUUUAUUCAGUUCCAGGAUGUUGUGGCUCAAGAAGACAAAAGCUUUCAAAGCCACGUUGUGCGACUACGAGACAUAUACCGCCCAUCCAAGUCAGUGAUAGAGACAAAAUUAGCUAUUCUGGAGAAGGCAAUAGAAUUCAAUCCCUCAAGUUUAGAGCUGAAAUUGGCCAGGUUGGAACUUUACCAAGACAUUUGGGAAGCAGAUCAGUGUGAAAAAGCCUGGCAAGACCUUCUCUUCACUUACGCAGCAGAUAUUGAUUUAUGGCGGCAGUAUUUGUCCAAUCAGCAGUCUAGACUUGUCAAAUUUACCUUUGGGAAAAUUCUUAAACUUUAUCACAAAUGUUUCCAGACAGUUGUUCCAAUUCUUGAGGGACAAGUCAAAGUUGUCAACAAACCAGACAACAUGGAGGACAAACUUUUGGGUUUGUUUUGUCAAUAUUGUGACUUCUUGAACCAUACGGGUUACACAGAGCGGGCAAUCAGCAGUUUCCAGGCCCUCAUAGAAUUCAAUUUGUUUUGUCCCAUCUCCUUGAAUCUCACUACAACCAAGCAGCGAGUGGAAAUCUUUCAGACAUUUUGGGAGAGUGGCGUGACAAGAUUUGGUGAGCCUAAGGCUAAAGGUUGGUCCAACUGGUUCCAAAACAAACAAACUGGCAGCAUCCACAUCCCACAAACAGUUAAUACAGAUGAACUGGAAGACAAAGUCAUUCUUGAAAAACUUACACGUUCACUAACUUGGCUAAAAAUGGAGAAAAUUCGUCAGGAAGCACACAUGUUGCCUUGGAAACCUAACACAGCUCAAGGAGAAACCGAAGAUGAUUGUGAGGAUUUAGACAGAAUGGUCUUAUUUGAUGACAUAAAACCAGCUUUGUUUAAGAUGACCAGAUCGGAAUCUUGUCUCAGACUCAUUUGUAUGUUUCUCAAAUUUCUUGGAUUAUCUUGUGAUACUUUGGACAGAGCUAUUUUAAAUUUGGACGUUGAGUUCAACUGCACCAAAUUUGAUCAAUACAGUUUAACUGGUUUAGCGCAAUGCUUCAUGCUGGCUGAGCUUAAACCGGAUGUGAAUGUUGAUUCAAAAUGGCAGCCUUCUGAUCAAUGUGUUGUUUUUAUGAGAGACAUUUUGCUGCAAGCUGAAGCCUAUUUUAGCUCCACUCACAGAAAUCUUUUUACAUUGUUACGUCUGGAACUAGAAGUAGUGAAGUUUGGAACAACCAGAGUGACAGAACUGACUACUUCUGGCAUGAAAGACCUAAAAAGGUUUGGUAAAAACUUACUGAAAGACAUUCAUAAUCGUAGUAACCUAGUCCUAUGGAAUGCAUAUAUUAGGCUAUUGUGGGCAUGCUCAGAUAACAUUGCUGAGACUGUAUCCAUGGUAGACACUGCCAUGGGAUUAUUCACUGGAUCAACCCCUCUGUCAGAUGUGGCCAAAGCCUCUGGUCUUUGUAUGCUGUGUAAGACGUACUGUGAAAUUAUCUUAAACUUUGAACCCUUAGAACAUAUCUCAAUGACUUCGAAAAAUUCAGCUCCGAGCCAGGAAGACAAACACCAGGUGAUUGCCUGCCUGGGUGCUCUUGUGGAAAAUAAACCCUUCAAGUCCAACUCUCACCCUGCUAUUACAUCUGCUUAUGUGUUAAAACUUCGACGUCGUUUUGAAGCUCUGCUACGAGAGCUAAGCACUCAAAUUGACUUGAAGAGCUACACCACUGACUGUGAUUUGUUUGUUACUUUUGCCGAAUGUUUUGCUUUGUUUGAAUUCAGUGCAUCAAAUUAUAAAUCAGCCAAUCAAAUUUUUAGCUUAGCUAUCAAAUAUGUGAAAGAGAAACAGACGAGGAGUAGUCUAGUUCAGCACUUGUACUGCAGACAGAUAGCUUUUAUCACCAAUAUUAUGGGAAUUCUGAUCCUUCCUAUCAGCAUCAUGCGGCAAGUUUUGGACCAAGCUCUUUCCGAGUACCCACAGUGUCCUUAUUUUCAUGCAGUAUUUCUGCAUAUUGAAUCUGGAGCCCACAUUGCAGGAAGGCUGAGAAAGUUUUAUGACAGAAGCCUGCGGAAAUCAACAACUAUUGUGAUUCCCAUGUUUUAUUUAAUGUCAGAGUUUCUGAGACACCAGGCUAUCAUGAAAUCUUUGUUUGGCACAGAAGACUAUCAGACAAAUAUUCAAGAUAGUGGCAGUAUUAAUAGAAUUCGAGCUUUAUUUGAGCAUUGUGUCCAGCUGCCAGGAAGUAGCCACUGUCCACUUUUGUGGAGACUAUACUUAACAUUUGAGGCAAAGUUUGGUAAUGGAACCAGAGCUAAAGGAAUAUUUUAUAGAAGUUUACAGAGCUGCCCAUGGGCUAAGUGUAUUUUCCUGGAUGGGGUUUCUCUGUUUGGAGAUGAAAACUUACAAGAGACUAUGGACCUUAUGACAGAGGAGGAGAUACGAGUCAGAAUACCAUUAGAAGAGGUAGAUUUGUUGUUAAAUGCUGAGAAAGAAGAAGAGAUGGAAGAAGAAGAGCUGAACCAGUCAGAAGGAGUUACAAUGCAAGAAGAAAUGAAAACAGAUGGAGAUGAAACCAGUUAGAAAUAAUAGGGACAUUUGUUCAAAUAUCAGUCAAGAUAUUAUCAUUAUGUAUUAUGAAGAUGACAUUCAUUUACAUUAAAAAAUGUAAAACACAUAAAAAAAUUAGACAUUGUUUAUGUAGGUUUUUUAUUGUAUA